GGCGGCUGCUGAUCGGCGGAGUGGCGUGGACCUCAUGUAGAAAUGACAACAAUGGAAGGGGCCAGCGGGUCGAGUUUUGGAAUAGACACGAUUUUGUCCAGUGCCAGUUCGGGCAGCCCCGGCAUGAUGAACGGAGACUUCCGCCCGCUCGGUGAGGCCAGGACCGCGGAUUUCAGGAGUCAGGCCACCCCGUCCCCCUGUUCGGAGAUCGAUACCGUCGGAACGGCGCCCUCCUCUCCGAUCUCGGUCACCAUGGAGCCCCCGGAGCCGCAUCUGGUGGCAGACGGGCCUCAGCACCACCACCACCUCCACCACGGCCCGCCGCCGCCGCCCGCCGCGGCCCCGACGCAAAGUUUGCAGCCUUCGCCCCAGCAGCAGCCGCCGCCGCCGCCGCCGCAGCAGCCGCCGCCGCCGCCGCCGCCCGCCCAGCAGCUGGGCUCGGCCGCCUCGGCCCCCAGGACUUCCACCUCUUCUUUUUUAAUUAAGGACAUCUUGGGCGACAGCAAACCUCUGGCGGCGUGUGCGCCCUACAGCACCAGCGUCUCCUCUCCCCUGCACACCCCGAAGCAGGAGAGCCACGCGGUGCACGAGAGCUUCAGGCCAAAGCUGGAGCAGGAGGACGGCAAAACCAAGCUCGACAAGCGGGAGGAUUCCCAGAGCGACAUCAAAUGCCACGGAACAAAGGAGGAAGGAGACCGGGAGAUUACGAGUAGCCGAGAGAGUCCCCCUGUGAGAGCCAAGAAGCCUCGGAAAGCCAGGACAGCUUUCUCGGACCACCAGCUCAAUCAGUUGGAGCGUAGCUUUGAACGGCAGAAGUACCUGAGCGUGCAGGAUCGCAUGGACCUGGCUGCUGCGCUCAACCUCACUGAUACCCAAGUCAAGACCUGGUACCAGAACCGCAGGACCAAGUGGAAGCGGCAGACCGCGGUGGGCCUGGAGCUGCUGGCCGAGGCGGGGAACUACUCGGCGCUGCAAAGGAUGUUUCCGUCGCCUUAUUUCUAUCACCCGAGCCUGCUGGGCAGCAUGGACAGUACCACGGCGGCGGCGGCUGCCGCUGCCAUGUACAGCAGCAUGUAUCGGACUCCUCCAGCACCACAUCCCCAGCUGCAGCGGCCCCUGGUGCCCCGGGUGCUCAUCCACGGCCUGGGGCCCGGGGGACAGCCGGCCCUCAAUCCCCUGUCCAACCCCAUCCCGGGCACCCCGCAUCCCCGGUGAAGGAGGAGCCCAGGCGUGGGAAUCCCUCUCCCGUCCCUGCCUGACGGACGGCCGCCCCUCCUCUCCGCGCUCCGGGCGCCAGGCCUCCCUGGCGCGACCCGGGAGGCAGAGGAGUGAGAGAGGAAGACGCUCCCGGGGGGGCGGGGGACCCCAGCGGAGCCACCCUCUGCCCUCCAUCUCCCACCCCCCAGACACAGGGCUGGAAAGCUCCCCACAGCAGCGUGACUGGCGAAAACGCUGACCCCACACAAAGUGCGACCAGUAAGUGAAAACA